AUGAAGAGUGUAAAAAGUUUUACUACUGAUGUUGACUUUUCUUCUAUGACUUAUUAUGAGUUUGUGAACUUCUUCGAACGUUUCAUGCAUGAAGAGUGUAAAAAGUUUUACUACUGUGAACCAGACAAUUCCCUAAUGGAAGGGCUUAAUCCCAUUUCAGAUGAUGUGGAAUAUGCUGCUUUUAUUUUUGAUGCUUAUGGAACAGAUGGUGUAAUUUCGGUUUAUGUGGAUCAUAUCGGGGUUGGUGUUGAUGUGGCUUGA